UGAGAAAGGUCACGGGGUCAGGAGCACACAGGCUUACUGCAGGUCAAGAAGAGAGAAACUGGCAAGAUUACAGUAGCAUGAAUGACUGUGAAAGAAAGAGCACAGCACAUUUUAGAAGAGAAAUGUGAUGAGAAGUAUUACAACUGGAAGAUGUUGGUAUGUUUGGCAAUUAGUGUACUUUUAAUGCUGUGAAACAAGAGACAAAAGAUUGGGUGGUUCAUUUGUUUAAGUAGCAACUCAUAGACAACUUGAUCAUCGUCCAGUGUCCUGUUUAUAAGCUCAUGUGCCAAAAUUUUGUAUAGAUCACUCUCUUUUUUUCUGAUGUCUCUUGCUUCUUUUUCCCAUCGUUUACAUUGACAGCCACAUGCAGAAAUACAUUUUUCAUCAAGCAUGCAGAACAAGAACGCACACAUGGAUAGGGUUCACUGCUACUGCUGUCCUACAUCCACACCACCAUUCUAGAGUCAUUACAAUGCAUUUUACUUUCCUUGCAUUUUUAAAGUUUGAUUUAUUAUUGUCACAAGAAACUGCACAAUAUAGCAGCAUGGACCUGGUAGAGAUGUGAGUAGCAUUAACCUGGGAAACCUUCUGUAAAAGAGAUGAAUCAUUUCAGUGAACUAGCCUGUAUAUAAGCAAAGAAAAAAUACUGCAAGUCUUAAAUAAUGCUGUGCACUGUAUGGGUGAAGCACUCACAUUGCACUGAUAUAAGCUUAUUAUUAAAACCUCAAUUCUUUCAGACAUUUUAUACACUCUAUAAUUUAGUAUGUUUGAGCAGAGGUAUGGGUCCCUGGUAGGCUAGUGGUUAAGGCGCAGCGCUCUCGUCGCGGUGCCCCAGGUUCAAAUCCAGGUUGUGUCAGGAAGGACAUCCGGUGUGAAACACAUGUCAACAUGUGAGUUCUCAGUGUAAUGAUUUGCUGUAGCAACCCCUAAACUGGAAAAGCCAGAAGUGACUUUCUUUUUAUGAGCUGGCAGGUGUUGUCCAGCUGUUAAAUAUGCUUUAAAAUAACAGACCAUCUCAAACUGUGCACUGUUUAUUUCAUGGUAAAUUAAUUUGAGAAGUAUUCAUUUUUAUGAUAUGCAAAGAAGCCAUGUAAUGUUCAGCAUGUAACAGUCCUGUAGCAUGGUGCAUGGGCUGAUAUUUCUGAAAAUUUACAGAGCACAUGGUAAUCUUACAGUAUUUAUUGGCAACAACAAUUAACAUCCUGUUUUAUCUGUGUGGCUGAGAACAUAGACUCAAAAUAUUUUUUUCUGUUAUGGUGGAAAACCUGUGUGAAACUCUAAGCUUUAUUUUUGUAAUUUUUUAUAUUCGGUCUUGACUCGUUUCUCUUGGCUUAACAUCCUGUAGCAAAUUACAAGUGUUAUUUCCUUAAUUGCAGUACCAGAAAGGGACUACUACAUAAAGGGUAGUAAAUUCAUACCUAAAUCACAAAUGCUUUUACAGCCAAAUCUGCUUUAUGUUUUAUUCAUUUCAUUUAAUGCCUUUGUGAAAAAGUCAACAAUCAUCAUUGUUUUUUCAAAGGUGGUGUUGUCUUAGCUGAUUAGCUGGUCUUUUGUUACUUCCUCCACGUUCCUUUGCCUUAUUGUCUUUACUGAACUUAUUAACUGUGGCCCUCAUGACUAUGCAUUAAUUUUAUUAUAAAGGAGAAAGUUACUCCAUUCACUGUGAACUCUUCUCUAUUCUAGGGGCUCAAGCUUGAGUCCUACAUGUUAAAUAACAGUUAUAGCAUCCUUUAAAAAGUUAUAUCCUUUACAGCAAAUCUACACUAAAGCUUCUGUCUUAGGUUUGGACAUAGAAAGAGAUUAAACUAAUUAUUUUUUUUUAAAAAGACAAAUGUUUUACAGAGCAUCUUCUUUUUACAAGACAAUUACAAAAACUGUCCGAUAAACCCAUUAUAAACUACAAAGACAGUGAUGAAUGCCUUCUGUGCAGCAGUCUCUUGAAUUUGGGGCUAAAAGCGAUGUGCAACAGUGUGAUAUUUUGUCAAGCUUACAGUUUCCUGGGAGGACGCUGUACAUAUAGUUUAUGAGAAGAAAAAAAAAACGGAAAUACAGAGUCAGCCAUGGAGGCAAACGAGACUGAAAAGUUGGAGUCCGUCCAGUAGCGGUUGGUUUUAUGGGAUUUGUAGCUAAGUCAGCUCUGCUAGGUGAGUUAGGCAUAAAAGGGUGGAGUUUGAGAAAGACACUCAGUAACCUGGCUGAUAGUGCAGCAAGGUCCAAUGAGUGGCUCUGGAGCAGAAGAAAGGUGUGUGAAUGGGGUUAGGAUAGAUAGGAUGAAAGGAGACACCCCAGUGAACAGCACCAUGAGCGUCGGCCAAGCCAGGAAACUGGUGGAGCAACUGAAGAUAGAGGCUAGUUUCUGCAGGAUAAAGGUAUCAAAGGCAGCGGCCGACCUGAUGGCAUACUGCGAUGCACAUGCCUGUGAUGACCCCCUGAUCACCCCUGUGCCCACCUCAGAGAACCCUUUCAGGGAGAAGAAAUUCUUCUGUGCUCUGCUUUGAGACAAAUCAGGGAUUGUUGUGAUUAAAAAGUACAACUGUACAGUAUGUACAUGUGUGUACAGUGUGUACAUGUACUUCCAGUCAAAAUAAGACAUCAAUGUACUAUAGUAACCUACAUAAGAGCUGCCGAUGUACAGUAACUACAAAAUGUAUUGAAGUAAAUUUGUUAACUGCUAAUCUCGGUCAAUGACAAAAGGGCAAGAACAAAAUUAACAUGGGAAUUUGAAACCAAAUCUAAACAUUAAAUGAAUAAAGAGUCAAAAGUUUUCACUAUGAAGACCCAAAAUAGGAAAGAAAGGAAAUUUAAAGAACAGCUAUCAUCUGUUUGAAAACAUUUCAUGCUCAUAUACAUAUACUACAGGUACCUGCCACCAAGGACGCAUGCUGAGCAUCAAGUGUCUUAACAGGCUCCACCAGUCACAGGCACACAGUUAUAUGGAUUCUGCAGCAUUUGAAAUGUUUUACUGGGAUGCUAAAUUCACACAACAGGUCUAUGGAUUAUGGUGGUGCUAUGUUACUCAGAUGCUGCUGAUAGGACAGGGCUGUCACUUCUUCCCAUAUAAACUGUCCAUACAUUCGAGAUCUGGCGACUCAAAUGUACUGUAUGUGGGGGAAAGACAAGCCUAUGUUCGGUAAUGAAGGAUGACAUUUCCCAUCAGCGACACUGGUUCCAUUUGGUAACUGCUUGGAGAUGGAGAUAAUACCAGCCUUCUUCCAUCACAGUAGAAAUGCUUCACUUACAGUUGGAGGUCUUUAUGCAGAACAUUUAACCAACAUUUCGAUUGUUCUUUUGAGCCACAUCUCAUCUAUUGUUAGUUUAUUUUGUAUUCUUUGAUCACUGGUGUCUCCUGUUUUGGCACUUAUACCUACCAAUAUCAGCAGCUGUUAAUGAGUGGAUUAUAACCAUAUAAGCAGUUUCUUUCAAUGUUUUACUGAGAUUUUAGCAUUUUGCUCAUUUCUACACUGUUGCUAUAGUGUGGGUGUGGAAGUGUGUGUGCACAUAGGUGCUACUGUGAAAUUUAAGCAACAACUCUCAGCAUCUGAUCACAAAAUUUUAUAUCUCAAUAGCACACUGAUAACCCCCCAAUAUUUAUAAAAACAUUCCAGGGGUUAUGGACAUUCAAUAUACAGUCUAAGGCAUUGGAGAAAAAUCAGCUGUUUGGUUACUAUGAGUCUGGCUAAUGAACCAUUUUCUAUUUCUUUAAAGCAAAAAACUCAAUACAGGAGUUAUACUGGUGUACAUCAUCAUUUGUUCUGAUCACAUCUGAGAGGUUCUCUGGAGCAGAGGUUCUUCAACAGUUCCCAGAAAAAAUCCAAAACAGCCUAAUGACCUAUUUUAAUUAAAUGUUUCACUUUAUCCAUGGCUAUUUCUCCAUCUACACUACAGACAAUUGCCAAGCUCAGUUAUAUCAUAAAACCCAAAACAGGAGGCUAUGCUUCUUCUAGCAUCUUUGAUAUGAAACUUUUGGGAACCCCUGCUCUGGACCAUUUCAACAAUUAACUGUUUUUUUAAGUCUUACGAAUAUCAUAUUUGGAGCCUGUGUGGAGAAAGUGUAUCCAUGAAAUAUGAAAGACUGAAAUAAAUCCCCCUGUUCAUCAAAGAUUUUCUCUAAUUAGUGAUUUGAUUAGAUGAAAAUGGAAUCUUGAAAAAAUAUGUAUUAAAACAAAACAAAAUAUCCUUGUCUCUUAUUCUUUAAUAAGGACAGCAAUAUAAGACCUGAAGUGUUCACACAGUCAAGUGCAAAGACAUCAGGCAAUGGUUCCAUCUUCAUAAAGCUGGUGGCUGCAAACAAUAAUCAGUGACAUACCCUUGACAUGCACUACUGUAGAUUUUAUAGUUCAUCUGACUAAAUACAAUGUUUAAGCUAGCAUGCAUUAAGGCAUCUCACAAUCAAAGAUAAUAUCCAGCUCAGCUGUGACUACCCAACAUAAACUGAGCUUAUUGGGUGCUACAUAGUGUAGGUGGCAUUCUGGCCUUGUCUUCAUUUAAAGCCACUGGAAACUCAGAACACAGAUUCUCCCAUUUAGUGGUAAAUGAGACCUUUCUAAUAGAUUGGACAGGUUCUUGAUUUUCAGAAUGAGAAAUAAGUUCAGCUUCUAUUGAAGCUUCAGAUGCAGUAAAUUCUAUUACAGUGCAGCAUAUCAACUAAACUGUUCACUGACACUAUGCCUAUUGUUGUAUCAUGGUUAUUGGUUCUGAUCAGAAUUGCUUCCAUGUUUUUUCACAUCAGUCUGAAUGUUUGUCAUACCUCAGACAGAUAAAACACGCUUCAUUUACUAAGACCACUAGCGGGACAAUCUAACAUGGUAGUAGACAUUUUGUAUGCAUGCGGUUCACAUUUCAUUUAAACCUCGUCAUAGCUGGCUGUUAAGGUCCUCAGUAGUGCUCAGACAAGAGCUGGAUAAGUGGCAUUUAUAAUAGUCAGUCAGUAUUUAAGUUAAAUGAGGUUUACCUAUUAUGUGAACCAUCACUGCAAAAAAAAAGUCCAACUUAAGGCCUGUUAUGUAAACGUAGCUUCAGACAGUGUUCGAGUUUGUUACAUCAGCAACUUUAUUUACAAACACUUUCAUCUUCAGGGUCCAACAAGCUCUGAGCAGAUCACAAGACGGGAAUCAUUUUUCUUCUUUAUUUCAGAAUCAAAAUGUUAAAAAAAAAAUCCGUCUCUGCACAAACCUGUGUCACAUUAGGUUAGCGCUUUAAUUAUGUAUCACACAUCAAUCAGAUCCUAUGCAAGACAACAAAUGGACAAUGUGCCUCUUCAAGAAAUUAUUUAAACAGUGUUGGUGGGGAAGUGUACAUGAUACUAAACUGUGAUAUGGUAUUAAAAAAAUGCAGCUUAUAUCAACUUUGCAAGGGCUUUAAAAACAGAGCAAAGGGCAGGAAGCCCAAGAGUUGAAGGAGAGUACAAACAUUAGCCUGGAUUGUACUGGUCACACUCACAUUACACAGAAAGAAAAACGUGUUCUGAACUGAAACGCAAAGCUUUUCUGAAGGUAAAAUGUUUCAAAAAAAGAACUGGCAGGCAACACUGAGCUUAAAAAUGUCAAUUCUCAGUAACACAAUCAGCAGUGAACGAUUAUUUUAAAAUUUGGCCUUAAAUAGAAGGUACAGAAUGAGUAAGACUCCCCCCCCCAUACAGAUCCUUGUUAGACACUUCUGACAGCAGACAAUUUGACUUGUCAAACGUUGGGUGUAACAACACGAAUAAAGGCAACAUUACAUUUAGGUGUCCUGGUGUCACAGCCAUCAAUAAUAUUAUCAGUUAAGCCUUUGACUAUGACAAGUCAAAAAAAAA